GUCAACGGUUUAAAGCAGCCACGCUACAUACAAAUUUUAUUUAGACUUUGUCCCUGUUUCUUUCUUAAAUGGUUGCAUAUCGCGUUACGAGCAUCAGGAUAUCUCCAAUAAAUUUAAAAGAUUGACGGAUGGAUGCCUUUGAUUCCGGCUGCGGUCUAGGAUGUGGGGCUUUACAGCAAGAAAGAAGAGUUUCUGCAAGUUGGUUUGUGUUUUUCUGUGAUAUCCAGUGAAAUAUUUGAAAUAUCUUUAGAUACGUUGAGAUAUCUCCUUUUGUCGGUAUCAUCAAUCAUCAACAUUGACCAGUGUUGGCCGCAACCACCGGAGGCAACCAUUCGGCGUUUGUUUGAGUUUUGUGACAUUCAUAACCUAGCACAAAUUUUCUUUAAUCUUCUAUUCGUUGACAUUGCUUAAUAUUCUUUUCCUCGACGGAGACCGAAUAAGAUCAUUUGAACAGCUUCUACAUGACAUUUCACUAUUUCGUAUAAAACGAGAUCAUUUGAUGCACUACUGGAACAUUUGCAUUUUAAAAGUUACGUAUCAAAAGUUAUCUUCACAAGUCUUCAAAUUCUUUCUCUGUAGUAUUGAAUCAUCAAGAGGAACGUGUCAGUUUGAUAAUUCAAAUAAAAGUUGAUAAAUUCCACUUAUCAAACUCUUCGUAAUAAUAUUUUUUUUAACAUGUACCUAAAAUAAUAAUAGCCUUUAUUUUAAACUAUUUUCAACUCUCACUGUUAUGUUUUUUUAUAUCGUUUUUUCCUUCUAACAAGUGGUUAUUCCUCUCUUAUAGUUCUUUAGACUAUAUAUUGUGCUUACAGCUCUGUAAGACAUUAUUUACUUCUACAGAGGAAUUGUGAAUAUUAGAAAAAAGUGUAUGAUGUGUGCUGAUUCAAAUGCAUUGUAAAGAAUUAUUCGCAAGUGCAACAUAACGAGACAGUGUUCUCUUGACAAUCUGUGGGAAUGGGCAAUUGUUUGUGUAAAGACACCUCUGAAGACGACGAUGCAUACAGAUCUCAUAAUCAUGCUCAAAGUGGAAACACAGUCUUGCCUGUUUCGAAUGUGGAUGCAAUUGCUGCAGGCGAUGGAUCACCACCAAGUUUAAGAUUUCCAAUAUCGGGCCUUGUCGACAGAUUGGUGUUGGAAACACUUGGGGUUAUUGGAACUCUUGUGGACAAUGAACAGGAGCCACCACCAGCAAUGUUGAAAUUGCAUGCUAUCGCGGAUAAAGAGGACGGAUGGAUUCAAGUUGUCAGCUCUAUGGUGAAUGUUAUACCCAUGCACAAUCCAUUGGGCCCAUCUGUCAUUACUUUGUUAUUGGAUGAUUGUCCAUUACCUUCUAAGGACUCUGUACUCAGGCUGGCACAUACGUUCCAAUUGUCUAAAAAAUUCGGUAAAAUGCAAACUAAUGCCACACAGCAGCGCAAUAUUUGUGUUGUACUUGGAUGUAUAGCAGAAAAAUUAGCAGGUCCUAGCAGUAUAGCAAUACUGUCCGAUGCAACUUUAGAUUAUUUGGUAUCAAAUCUUAAAGAAGACAUUGAACCAUAUGUGGUGUUGUAUUCCUUAAUAGCUUUGGAAAAAUUUGCCCAGACGAGUGAGAACAAAUUAACAAUUAAGAAGCGAUUAUUAGCGGAAAAGGAAAAUCCAUUGUUGGAGUUGGAAAAAUGGGCAACAGAGACCCAUUACGUGCGACGUCAAGUCGGCUUUUGUGCUCAGUGGUGCUUGGACAACUUAUUUUUAAUGGAAGGUAGGAAGUACUCUCAUGACACAGUUGACAUGACUGGCAUAAACGUGAUGUUAAAUACGAAGGAUGUGAGCGAGUACCUGAAAAUUUCACCUAAUGGCUUGGAGGCGCGCUGCGAUGCUUAUUCCUUCGAGAGUGUACGCUGUACGUUUCAAGUCGAUUCCGGUGUUUGGUAUUACGAAACGCUCAUUAUAACUACAGGAGUGAUGCAGAUCGGUUGGGCUACCAAAGACAGUACAUUUUUGAAUCAUGAAGGUUAUGGGAUAGGCGAUGACGAAUUCUCCUUGGCCUAUGACGGCUGCAGACGAUUGAUUUGGCACAGCGCGAGGAGUGAAAAGUAUCAGGAAAGACCGUGCUGGAAGGCAGGCGAUGUUUUGGGUUGUUUGUUGGAUUUGAAGAAACUUGAAAUAAUAUUUUCAUUGAAUGGAAUUCCGUUAAAGCCUUGCGUCCAGGUUUUUAAGACCGCAAAGUCUGGAUUCUUUGCAGCUGCCAGUUUUAUGUCAUUUCAGCAAUGCCUCUUUAAUUUUGGAAAUGUACCGUUCAAGUAUCCGCCGACGGACAGGGAAUAUCAAAAGUUCAAUGACUACGCGACUUUAAAUCCAGAGGAUAAAAUUGUUCUUCCGAGGCACAUAUAUCUGGACCAGCUGAGGAAAUUGAGCGUUAGAGAGGACUCUUGCACUCUUUGCUUCGACCGGAAGGCUUCCGUAAGACUGCUUCCGUGCGAUCAUCGAGGAUUUUGCCCUACCUGCUCGAAGCAGCUGAUCGAGUGUCCAAUGUGCAGAGCUACGAUCGAGGAAGUUGCCCUAGACAACACAUGACACGCAUCGGAAAAAUUAGCAUUUAUCAAUCUAAUUCCUUUCGUUUACCUACCUUUCGCAGUUUCUGACAGGUAUCACAUGGUAAUCAUUAAUCUAAUGCCUUAUCACUCAAGCUGUACAGAGAAUACAGAUGAAUUAUUUCGUGCAUUUCCUGUUCCUUGCAAUACAGUAUUUGCGUAGAAAAUAAUCGGGAAUGUACGAGUUAUUUUUCGAAAGUCAGACCGAUUCGACAUAUUUUAAUACUUUGCGGUUUCAUGACUAAUCAGAACAUAGUACUUUCGAUUCUACACAUUAUACGUUGAAUUUUUGCGCACAUCGCCUUGUAAAAUAUAACCUGUAGAAUAAAUAUUAAGUUUACAUACACACACACACACACACACACAUGCAUAUAUAUAUAUACAUAUAUAUAUAUAUAUAAGUAAUAGAAUGUAUACGUACAUGCAUAUAUUAUGUACAGAACUAUGCAGCCAUAGACGAGCCGCUCCCAUUUGACAGCUGUCAUGCAAUUGAUUUUCUUGAUCACCGUUUGGCAACACACUGCGGCACGAAGACGGGCCAAGGUUUAGUUGCUCGUCCGCUGCAACAUUCCAUUUGUCAACUACCAUAUCGGCUUAGCGCGAUAGUUCUCAAAUUCGACCGGUGAGUUUCGGUUGAACAGUCUUGUACAUGUACAUGUAUAUAUUAUAUUCUGGGAGAAUAUAAAAGAAAUCUAAUAUUU